AUGGAAAAUACAACAAGAAACAACAAAUCAAUAAUGAAAUUAGGAUAUAAUGAAAUAAUGAUAACAUCAAUGUAUUUUAAUGACAUUAAAGAUUUUGUUAAUUUAGAAAUGGGAGUUAAAAGAUUUCAAGGAAAUAUGGAACGAUUUCAUUUUAAUCCAAUUCCAUUAAAUAAAUAUUCAAGAAAAUUGUUUCCUAAUAUUGAAACAUUUCAUAUUUAUAAUAAAGAUAAUAAAAUAUUUAAAGAUGGAAGAAUAAUUAAAUAUGUAACAUGGUAUACAAUCGAAUAUUCAACAUAUUUACAAGAGAAAGAAGCAUGGAAUGAAUGUAAAAAUAAAGAAUAUACAGAAUAUGAUAGAAAUACAUAUGGAAAUACAAUACCAUUAGAAGUUAAAUCACUUGGAGAUAAUUGUUUUAAUAGAUAUUAUUGUUUUGAUGAAUGUUCAUCAUUAACAUCAAUUAACAUACCAUCAUCUGUUAGUAAAAUAGGACAUUGGUGUUUUGAUGGAUGUUCAUCAUUAACAUCAAUUAGUAUAGAUAAUAUACAAUAUAUUAGUAAAGAAAGAAUAUUUAUGAAUGAACCAGUGUUAGUUAGUAUUAAAAUACCAGAAAAUCUAGAAAUAAUCAAUGGAAAGAAUAUUUUCAAGAAAGAUAUUAAUGAAUUUAUUAUUCCAUCUUCAAUCACUAAAUUAGAUAGACAGUGUUUUUAUAAAUGUUCAUCAUUAACAUCAAUUAAUAUUCCAACAUCAAUUAAUGAAAUAGGAGAAUGGUGUUUUUGUGAAUGUUCAUCAUUAAAAUCAAUUAAUAUACCAUCGUCAAUUACUAAAAUAGGAAAUUAUUGUUUUGAAAGCUGUAAAUCAUUAACAUCAAUUAAUAUACCAUCAUCAAUUACAUCAUUUGGAUGGGGAUGUUUUUAUGGUUGUGGAUGUGAAGAAGAAUUAAAGAAAAAUAAAAGAAUACCAAGAAAUUGUUUUAACAAAUGA